UCGACGAAGCUGCGCACACGCUGCUCAGUCUGCGGCGGCAGGUGCGCGAAGGAGGCUGUCUGUCACUCCACUUCGAUUUUACCGGUCUACAUAUCAUCACAAACAAAACAAAAUGGCGAACCCUACGAUUCGAGACUUCUACAGGGGUAGAAACAUCUUGGUGACGGGAGGUACUGGGUUCAUGGGAAAAGUGCUCAUUGAGAAAGUACUCUACUCCAUCCCUGACGUCGGCAAUAUCUAUAUACUCAUGAGACCUAAGAGAGGAAAGUCUGUCGCUCAAAGAAUUGAAGAUAUGCAGCGUUUGAGGCUUUUCGAACGCAUACGGUCGGAAAAACCGGAUGCCCUAAAGAAGAUGAAACCCUUGCAGGGUGAUGUUUUGUUUGAGAACUUGGGUCUAUCCGAUUCUGACAUAGAAAAGUUAUCCAACGAAGUUUCAGUGGUGUUUCAUUUCGCUGCGACCUUAAAACUGGAGGCUCCCUUAAAAGACAAUGUCAAUAUGAAUACUUGCGGUACUCAAAGAGCAUUGGAAAUCGCUAAGAAGUUCAAAAAACUGGACAUUUUCGUUCACCUUUCCACGGCUUUCUGUUACCCUGACUACGAAGUUUUGGGAGAGAGAUGCUACGGCCCACCAGUCAGGCCAGAGAACGUGAUGAAACUGAUUCAAUGGCUGGAUGACAAACAGCUGGCUUUGUUGACACCCUCGCUGCUCGGCCCGCAUCCCAACUGUUACACGUUUUCCAAACGAUUGGCUGAAACUAUUGUUGAACAAGCACACGACGAGUUGCCAGUUGUCAUUGCACGACCUAGUAUUGUUUGUCCGUCCGUCGCGGAGCCUAUGCCAGGUUGGGUGGACAACCUGAACGGGCCAGUCGGCGUGAUGCUGGGCGCUGGCAAAGGCGUAAUCAGAACAAUGCUCUGCGACGGGUCUCUUAUUGCACAAGUUUGCCCAGUGGACAUCGCGAUCAAUGCUAUUAUAGCUAUUGGAAUGAUUGAAGGGAAUCGGAAAGAAAAGCAUACAACGUUGCCUGUAUACAAUGUGAACAACGGUCAUCAGAAACCCACUACAUGGGGUGACGUGCUUACGAUAGCUAAGGAUUACGGACGAAAGUACCCCCUGUCUUGGCCACUCUGGUAUCCCAACGGAGACAUCACCACAAACGCUGUGCUGCAUGAGUACCGAAGAAUCUUCUACCAUCUAGUGCCUGCCUACCUCAUCGAUUUUCUCUUGUUCUUACUUGGACAGAAGAGAAUAAUGAUACGAAUCCAAGAAAGGAUAUCCCAAGGUUUGGAAGUGUUGCAAUACUUUACAAUGCGACCUUGGAACUUCCCGUGUCCUAACUACGAUGCUAUCAAGGAAAAAUUAAGUCCAGAGGAGCAAGUAAUAUUCAAUACUGACAUCACGGAUGCGGAUCGCGACGAGUAUAUGAAGAUGUGCGUGGAAGGAGGUCGUGUAUACUGCUUUAAGGAAGAUCCAACUAAAAUUCCCUAUAACAGGAUUUAUCAUAGAUUCCUCUACGUAUUGGAUUGGUUUGUCAAGAUCAUGUUCUGGCUUUUUGUAUUAUCUUACCUUGCAUCCUGGUUCGAGCCUAUCAAAACAUUGUUCUCUUUAGGAGAACCUGUUGUGAAGCACCUGCCUUUCUUGGGCAAGGUUGUUUGCAAAACAGAAGAACUCUAAAGCUAUACUUACCUACCUUUUGUUGUACGGUGAAGGAGGUAGAGAAUCAAAGUAUCUAUAAACAUUUUCCAAGGAGAACUGAUUACCGUCGACAUUAAGAUAGUCAAAUAUAUCAAUGGGCAUACUGGUGCAAUAGUUUUAAGUUUAGCACAAAGUGUAGGUCUCUAUUAUUAUCUCAUAUUCAAUAGCCUUAGGUUAUGUAAGUACUAAAUUGAGUAGUUUCCUCGGUCAAAACCAGAUAUCUAAGCUGAACUAAAAUAAGCGCACGUUAAUUGAUUUUACGGUAUACUAAACAAAUAUUCGCAAUUAUAGAUAAUUCAAGAGAAAUAGAUUCUUACUUAUGCUCUUUGACGUAAAAAAUGUGACGAUGACGUUGACGUCACAUACCAAUUUUUCAUUUCGGAAAAAGUAUUAAAUUUGACAAGUUGGAAACUACCCUCUUACUAGAAAAAAGUCAAUAGUAUCGUAUACAAUUAUAAGUGUCCAAUGUAGUGAGCCCAAAAUAACUGCUUACAAUUAUAUAUAUCUAACCAUAAAACGGUAACCCCUUUUUCCACUCCUUCACACAAAAGGGGUAAAUAGAUGUUGACGAAUUUUCUUAGUAUCUAUUCACCUCUCUUAUGUAUCUAUUCAACCCUCGAAUUCUAUUCACCCCGUUUCACCAUAGAUAAGUAUUUGAGGACUAAGCCUAACGCAGGUACCUACUUCAUCGUUGUUCAUAUUGCAAUUCAAUGUCAAAAAUUACAAAUUUACAGGACAGUAACAAAAAACGGUUCCCAGUAACCUACCUACGUUACUGGGAAAAAAUUGUAUGGGACCAAAAUGUUUUAUAAGUAUUGUGUUAUUGAUAUAUUGUGU